AUGGGCCAUAAUAAAGUUUGUUGUGGUGUGCAACUGCCAAUCCUCGACACACUGAUGCGGCUGGUGCCAAUCCCCGACACACCGAUGCGGCUGAUGCCAAUCCUCGACACACCAAUGUGGCUGAUGCCAAUCCCCGACACACCGAUCGUAACUCCACCAGCAGUGCUCCACAAUCUAGCUGGGUUGGGACAGGGCUCGCUUAGAGACCAGUCGGAGGACACGGAGGCAGCACGGCUGCUCGAAGGAGAUGAGCCCAGGGAGCCGGAGGGAGCUCAUGGGAGCCCCUCUUGGCAGGCUCCCCUAAGCUCCCGCCAACUCCCCUUGGCGCCCCGGCGCCUGUAUAUAGACCGUUUGACCCGGCCUCCCUACUGCCGCAUUAAGGGCAAACCACGAUCCGGUCACUCUAUAUCACCCUCCAUUAGCCCAAUAGCCUGUACGAAUACCACCAGACCCGAGUGCUUCCCGAAGCAAGGAUUGUAA